ACUUUUUGGUUACAAAGCUGUAAAUAGGUAUAUUACCAUUUACAAAGGCUUUUUAUUAACUGUUUAAACACCUUGACUAUAAAAAAUAACAUUGUUAGCCAUUAAAGCUAAAGUAUGUGGCACCCCCCAAAACUACACCCGCCUUUUUUCCUAGAAAAGGGCCCUUUACACACCCUGUUUUUUUAAAGAAACGCCUUUUUAAAUAUUAAUUUUGGGUGUGGGGGGCAAAACCUUUUUUUUAAAAAAGCAGGUUUAAACCUAUAAAUAGGGGGACAAAAAAAACUGAACAAGGCUGUUAAAGAAAUAUUGCUAAUACAAGACUUCUACCGUUAUGAGGAGCAACAACAUGGACGAGAACUUUUUUCUUGACAUUCCAGAUGCCGCGCUAGAAGCUUUAAAUUUUGAACAAGAUGGAAGUCAAAACCCCCCAAUAGGUUUUCCUGAAAUUACAGACGAAGACUUAUCAAGCGUUAUUCCUCAAGAAGAAAUGUUGAAGGGAAGAGCGCUUAAAGGGGCCAAGAAAUUUCCAUCUGAGGCAGCUGCAGUCGGAAGCAAGGCCACCAGUUAGAACAAAUAAAGCGGGCUUCUAGCGAUGAAGAAAAUAUCAGAACCACAACCAGUCGCCAAUUGGAUUCAGAAAUGAAAGACAUUCUUCAAAGAACCGGUUUAUCCGACUACGAAAAGGCUAAACUCUACGAGGCGGUCCUGCAAAGAUACCUGGUAUUGGCCAAGCGUGGUGAGAUGGAAAAGACUAAAAUAAACCUUUUUUUUUCCCCUGAGCAAGAGCAAGAGCAAGAGGAGCUUCAACCUCCUAACGUUCAGGGGGAUGUAUCGGACUUUGUUAUUCAGGAGGUGUUGGAGGGGGUAAAUCCUCGCUAUAAAAAAAAAGCUGAAAUAUUGUUAAAUAAGCUUAAACAGCGUAAAGAUGUGUCUUCUUGGGCUGAUAACGGCCGUUUUGUGUACCGGGGGAAGGCGAUUGAGGGGUCUCACAUGCUUGAUUUAGUCAGAGGGGUAACCGGCUCUUAUUCUUUCGCUAACAAGAGGACUCCUAAAGGGUGGCAUGUUUUUAUGAAAGCCUUGGCAGAGCUAAACGUGCCUACGACCGUCGUAGGGCAUGUUACCAAUAAACAAUUUUUAGAGCGUCUAAAAAUAGGGCUAAAGCCGGUCAAGGCCAUAAGUAACGCCGCCCCUUUUAAAAGCGUCCCUGUUAAAAAACGAAAAAUCGACUGGCUAACAA